CAGCCUUUCUUUGAAGAAGUCCUAAAAGUGACAACUUGGGCAGCAACUGGAAGACACCCGCGUCUCGAAAAGUUCAAAAACCAUCCAAGGAUAAUAUCAAUUACGCAUACCACAGGUUCAUUUCGACACUUUUUGACAUGAAGCUCAAUGUCCUCGUCACCACCGUGGCUCUGCUCGUUGCCUUUCCAUCACCGUAUGAAUGUAGAGCCAUCGACAGCAACCAGCCAGGCAUGGACCCAGAUGGAGAACGACAGUCACCGCCACUUUUGGCGCGCCUUGGAGAGGAGUACUUCAUCCGGCUCGGUAACAGAAAUCUGAAUUCCCCUCGGUCCUCACCAGACGAUUAUUCCGAGCCAUCCCAGUAUCCCAAACGAGCACUGCAGCUCCAGUUAACGCAGCGUCUGUUGGAGGGGAAAGUUGGAAACAUCGGCCGCCUGGAUGGCACUUACGCGCUCCGGGCGCUCGACUCAGUGGAAAGAGAGCGCAGGUCCGAGGAGCCACCGAUUUCCCUGGACCUGACCUUUCAUCUGCUCCGAGAAGUACUAGAGAUGGCCAGAGCCGAACAAAUGGCCCAGCAAGCUCACAGCAACCGCAAAAUGAUGGAAAUAUUCGGGAAGUAACCACGAGCUCCAUCUGCCAAAGAUAUUUUUACAUUUAGCACAAACAUGAAUAUUCUGUACCAUAGUGCUGCUUUUCCAUCAUGAUCUAUUUAUACCGGUGAUUUAUUUAUUUGUAGAUAUUUUAAUGAAGACCUAUAGGUGUGUAUGGCCAUGAUUCAGAUUGCGCAAAACUGUCAUGAAUCUUCAUCAAUGUUAUUGUAUUAAGUGAUCAUUCAGAACUGUGUAAGUGAAAAAACACGGUGGUUUGAAUUUCUUAAAAAAGACAAUAUUUUCAAAUACUGUUUAAUUUUAUUUUAUCUGACAAACCUUCAUUGUAACAUACAGUACAUUGUUUAAGUUUGUUAAUAAACUAAUGAGCAACCAUUGA